CUUCCUUGGUCGCUGGGCGGCCAUAACUACAACCUCAAUCUUUGCGUCAAUUUACGGUUUAUGCCAACACCGAAAGAAAAAGAAAAGUUUGUGACAAGGCAAGGACAGCCAAAAGUAGAAUUAGAAUACUACAUCUACAAGUUUUUUUUUUAACCCUUCUUCUUCUUCGUCUUCUUCUUCUCAGAGAUAUAGAGAGAGAAGAAAAAGUAAACCAAAGUUGUGGAGCCAAACCCAAGUUCCGAGUUGUUUCAUCGUCAUCAUCUUCUCCUUCUUCUCGGAUCUCUUACCUUCAACGACCACUUCCUCCGAUUGCUGCUUCCCUUUCUGUACUAGUCCUAGACCAGAUUCCUAUAUUUUCGUUUUUUAUUGAUUCGUUUUCCCUCGGAAAUUACCGUAAUAAUAUUAUAAUUAUUAGUUAAGAGAGGGUAAGCCGAGGACGAGUUUUGCUGGCUCCCAAGUUGGAUGGGUUGUAAUCGUGGGACAAAGGAGAAUUCAGAUCUGCGACUGCGAUGAAGUAAAAGGCAAAAGGAGGUGGUUGCUUUCUCUUUUGGCUUGUUUAGAAGAAAACUGUGGUUUUGGUUGGAGAGAUGAAGACUGAAGCAGAGAUUUUUUGAAGGAUUAUUGUGUGUCCGGACUCCGGAGUACCAAGUUAUUUUCAGACACAUGGAGGAGGUAGGCGCGCAAUUAGCUCCUCCCAUAUUUAUGCACCAGGCCCUUGCCAACCGGUUCUGCGAACCACCUUCCUUGCCGAGGAAACGUGAUCUUUCUUAUCAGACCCCAGGUUUUCAGUACCCAAACCCUUCCCAACAGCACGUUGCCAACCCCAGGGACUGGAACCCUAAGCAAUGGGAAUGGGACGCUGUAAGAUUCAUUGCCAAACCAAUGGACACAGAGAUUCUGCAGCCGGGGACCGCCACAGCAGAACAAAGAAAGAAAGAGCGUGUUAAUGGAAAUGGGAACUCUAUAACGUCCAAAAAGACCACUGCGGUAAAUGAGGAUGAUGACAGCCUGCAACUGAAUCUCGGUGGGAGAUUGAAUUCCGUGGAAGAGCCUGUGUCCAGGCCUAACAAAAAGGUCCGCUCUGGAUCCCCUGGGAGUACUAACUACCCCAUGUGUCAGGUUGAUAAUUGCAAGGAAGAUCUCUCUAAUGCAAAGGACUAUCACCGUCGGCAUAAGGUGUGUGAGGUCCAUAGCAAAGCCACUAAAGCACUUGUUGGAAAGCACAUGCAGAGGUUCUGCCAGCAGUGCAGCAGGUUUCACCUUCUUUCUGAGUUUGAUGAGGGGAAGAGAAGUUGUAGGCGUAGACUUGCUGGGCAUAAUCGCCGAAGGAGGAAAACGCAACCUGAAGAUGUGACCUCACGGCUUUUACUACCUGUAAACAGAGAUAAUGCAGGGAAUGGCAAUUUAGAUAUUGUCAACUUGUUGACUGCCUUGGCUCGGUCACAAGGUAAAAAUGAGGACAAAAACAUUAAUUGCUCAUCACUACCAAAUAGAGAUCAACUCGUUCAGAUUCUUAAUAAAAUUAAUUCAUUACCUUUGCCAAUGGACCUGGCUGCAAAGUUGCCCAACGUUGGGGUUUUGAAUAGGAAGAACCAAGAGCAGCCUUUGCUAGGCCAUCAAAACCAAUUGAAUGGGAAAAACACAUCUUCUCCAUCUACCAUGGAUUUACUUGCUGCCCUUUCAGCGACAUUGACAUCAUCUUCUAAAGAUGCCUUUGCAAUUUUAUCUCAAAGAAGCACCCAGAGCAGUGAUAGCGAGAAGACCAAGUCGACCUGCCCCGAUCAUGUAGCUGCUCCCACUAUGCAAAACAGAGUUCCUCUGGAGUUUGCUUCAGGUGGAGGAGAAAGAAGUAGUACCAGUUAUCAGUCUCCCGUUGAAGAUUCAGAAUGCCAGAUUCAAGAAACUCGAGCUAAUUUACCAUUGCAACUAUUUAGCUCUUCUCCUGAGAAUGACAGCCCACCAAAACUGGCAUCUUCGAGGAAGUAUUUCUCUUCUGACAGUAGCAACCCAAUGGAGGAAAGAUCUCCAACUUCAUCUCCAGCUGUGCAAAAAUUGUUCCCAAUGCAUAGCACAGUAGAAGCUGUGAAAUAUGAGAAAAUGCCAGUUGGCAGGGAAAGUAAUGCAAUUGCUGAAGGAAGCAGGACUCAUGGUUCUAUUCUGCCUCUUGAGCUCUUUAGUGGGUCAAAACGAGGAAAUGCUCAUGGUUCAUUUCAACAGUUUCCUUCUCAAGCUGGGUAUACAUCUUCUUCUGGGUCGGAUCAUUCCCCCUCAAGUUUGAACUCUGAUGCUCAGGAUCGCACUGGACGAAUAAUAUUUAAGCUAUUUGAUAAGGACCCCAGCCACUUCCCUGGGACACUACGGACCCAGAUCUAUAACUGGCUUUCUAACAGUCCGUCUGAAAUGGAGAGCUAUAUAAGACCUGGUUGCGUGGUUUUGUCACUCUAUGUGUCAAUGUCAUAUGUUGCUUGGGAGCAACUUGAGGGAAACCUGCUUCAGUAUGUUAAUUCUUUGUUGCAUUACACGGAUUCAGAUUUUUGGAGAAAGGCUAGGUUUUUAGUUCAUACAGGCCGGCAAUUAGCAUCACAUAAAGACGGAAAGAUUCGUCUAUGCAAAUCCUGGAGAACGUUGAGUUCCCCUGAGUUAAUCUCAGUCUCUCCGUUGGCCAUCGUGGGUGGGCAGGAAACUUCUCUUCUACUAAGGGGUAGAAAUCUGACUAAUCCUGGCACCAAGAUUCAUUGUGCAUACAUGGGUGGAUACUCAUCAAUGCAAAUUAGUGGGUCAGCAUACCAGGGAACCACAUAUGAUGAAGUUAGCUUGGGUGGUUUCAAAGUUCAGGUUUCUGCACCGAGCGCUGUCGGUCGUUUUUUCAUUGAGGUGGAGGAUGGAUUCAAGGGAAACAGUUUUCCUAUUAUAAUAGCUGAUGCUACCAUUUGUAAAGAAUUGAGACUUCUGGAAUCUGAAUUUGACAUAGAAGCUAAAGCAUCUGAUAUAAUUUCUGAAGAGCAUGCUUAUGAUGGUCGCCGUCCAACAUCAAGGGAGGAAGUCCUGCACUUUUUGAAUGAACUUGGAUGGCUAUUCCAAAGGAGAAGCACUUGUCCCUUGUUUAAGAGUUCAGAUUAUUUGCUUUGCCGGUUCAAAUUUUUGCUCAUAUUCUCUGUUGAGAGAGACUACUGUGCUUUGGUCAAGGUACUCCUUGACAUUCUGGUGGAAAGCAAUUUGUAUAUGGAUGGCCUAUCCAGGGAGUCAGUAGAGAUGCUGUCUGAGAUUCAGCUUUUAAGCAGGGCAGUGAAAAGGAGGUGUAGGAAGAUGGCUGACUUGCUCAUUCAUUAUUCUAUUAGUAGCAUUGAUGAAAGCUCUAAGAAGUAUAUCUUCCUACCAAAUCUUGAAGGUGCUGGUGGAAUCACACCUCUACAUUUGGCUGCAUGUACAUCUGGUUCAGACGAUAUGGUGGAUGUGUUGACAGAUGAUCCACAGGAGAUUGGAUUGUCCUGCUGGAAAUCCCUUCUGGAUGUAAAUGGGCAGUCUCCAUAUGCCUAUGCUAUUAUGAGGAACAACCAUUCUUACAACAAAUUGGUGGCUCGCAAAUUUGCUGACAGAAGGAAUGGUCAAGUUUCUGUGACGAUUGGUCAGGAUGAGCAGUCAGGAUUGACUGCAGUGCAAUUGCAUGAGAUGAGUUCCCGGUCCAAACAAGACCGUAGUUCUUGUGCCAAGUGUGCAGUUGUGGCAACAAAGUUUAACAAGAGGUUUCCAGGUUCACAGGGCUUGCUUCAACGUCCUUAUGUUCAUUCAAUGCUUGCCAUUGCUGCUGUCUGUGUUUGUGUCUGCUUAUUCCUGCGGGGCUCACCUGACAUUGGCAGUGUUGCUCCCUUUAAGUGGGAAAAUUUGGAUUUUGGCACAAUUUAGUAGCUGUUGGUAAAUCAUUGUGAAGCAAGUAACAAACAAGGGGCAGAUUCUGCAUGGUCUUUGGAAUGGAAAAUUGAUUUGUGCAUAACUACACAG